AUGGCUGUCUCCAAGCUUGCUUGCAUUUACUCCGCUCUCAUCCUUCACGACGAUGAGGUUAUGGUCAAGGAGGAUAAAAUUAAUGCGCUCAUUAAAGCAGCAGGUAUAAAUGUUGAACCAUUCUGGCCUGGAUUAUUUGCAAAGGCCCUGAACAAUCUAAACAUUGCAAGUCUCAUUUGUAAUGUAGGAGUUGAUGGACCUGCCCCAGCAGCUGGUGGUGCUGCCCCUGCUGGAGGUGCUGCUCCUUUUAGCACAGCUGUCCCAGCUGAGGAGGAGAAGAAAGAGGAAACAAAAAAAGAAGAAUCAGAGGAGUCUGAUGAUGACAUGGGUUUUGGUCUAAAUAUAUUUGACUAA